GAGAGAGAGAGAGAGAGAGAGAGAGCUGUCAGUGUGUGGAUCACAGCAGAUCUCCGGCUUCAUCAUGAGGACUUUCAGUGUUUUACUGCUGCUGCUGCUUUCCUGGAGUGUGUGUUCAUGGGCUGACGGUGGAAAGAUACGACAGAGGCGCAUGUGGAUUAUUGAGUCAUUUGCCAUCGAGGAAGAAUCUCCUGGACCAUUUCCAUAUAAAAUAGGCAACAUUCAUGUUGAAAGGGCUUAUUUAUUAAAAUUCGAGCUGCAAGGUGAGGGUGUGGAUAAGGACCCCAAAAACCUCCUCACAAUUGACAAUAAAGGAGAUGUUUAUGUCCAUAAAAAGGUGGACUUUGAAUCUGGUCAAAAUAUGCUUAAAUUAAUGUUCGAAGCAAAAAAUAAAUCCAAUAAUGCGGUGGAUAUACGGCUUGGUGUUGAGAUCAGGAUAUUGGACAUAAAUGAUCACGCGCCUGAAUUUCAGAAGUCAGUCUAUGAAGUGACUGCAGACGAGUCUCAUGCUCAAGGUACAGAAGUGCUGACAGUACUGGCACAUGACAAUGACAAUCCAACUACAAGCAAUGGGACUUUCACUUACUCAAUCAAGUCUGUAACACCGAAAACAGAUAAUGUCGAGUUUUACAUUCAGCAGCAUAAAGAAUCUGGCUCCAUUUAUUUUAAAGGGUGUUUGGACUAUGAGAAAGCUCAGAAAUAUACAAUCCUGGUUGAAGCUAAGGACGACGGGGAGAAAAAACAGUUCUCAAGUACAAGUACAGUGAUAAUCAAUAUUCAGGACGGUAACAACAAUCUUCCAGAGUUCACUGGCAAAACAGGUUCUGGGAAGGUCAAAGAGCGGGAAACUGGGGUUGAGGUACUGCGACUGCAAGUAACAGACAAAGACAAGCCUGGAUCAAAAGCCUGGAUAGCCAAAUACACCAUAAAUGGAGAUAAAGAAAAUCAAUUCAAAAUAGAAACAGACCCUGUGACGAACGAAGGGAUUUUAACUGUUGUUAAGCCAAUGGACUACGAGGAUCAAACACACCAAAAUAUAUCCAUCAGCGUGCAGAAUGAAGUUCCUUACUUUUCAUGUAAGGUCAAAAAGCAAGUACCAAAUGCCAUGUGGGAACUUGACAAAAUCCCCCAAAACCCAGGCGCAAGUGUUGCAAACCUCUAUAAAACUAUGCCAGCCACCAUUCAUGUUGAGGAUAUAAAUGAUCCACCAGUAUUUAUACCUCCCGUCAAAAACGUGCCGGUGAUGGAGAACAUUGCAAUAGGAACGAGUCUUACAACCUUCAUUGCUAAAGACAUGGAUGGAAGCCAUGCAAACACAUUUAAAUUUGUUAAAGGUGAAGAUCUUGAUAAUUGGGUAACUGUUGAUCCGGUGACUGGACAGGUAACCACGGCUAAAAUUCUGGACAGAGAGUCACCGUUUGUGAUUAACAACACCUAUAAAGUAAUCGUAUAUGCUGUGGAUGAUGGAGAACCACAGCUGACAGGCACAGGGACUCUCUUUAUCCAUGUUAAUGAUGAAAAUGAUAAUGUACCAAUCCUGGAGAUGAACAGAAUCGACUUGUGUCUGAAUACAGAGCCCACAAUGGCCAACAUCACAGCCGUAGACCUGGACCUUCCUCCAUACACCUCACCUUUCUACUAUGAGCUUUUAGGGGAUGUUAAGAACAAAUGGAAGAUUGAUCCAAUCCACGGCAAAACCGUGACUCUAGUAAAAGAAAAAGAUGUGUUUUCAGGUCAUCAGCUCCUCCAGAUCAAAAUAUCAGACCAGCAGGGAUUAUACUCCAUCCAGAACCUGUCGGUCACAGUGUGCGACUGCUCGGUCAAUUCCAACUGCCAUGUCAGAAUGGUGUCAAAGGCUCGGAUGGGACCGACUGCCGCCUUGAUGGUUCUUCUUGCAAUUCUGAUCCUCAUAGUGAUGUGCUUACUGGCUCUUUUGAUCUCCUGCAAGGAAGAGAAAAAAAUGAUUGCAAAUGACGAUGCCAUCGGUUGUCUGAUUACAACAAAUACAGAAAAUCCAGGAACAGACUGCAUGGUGCCCUUCAGUAUAGGAGUUGACAAACCGGAUUCUGCCAACAUGCAUAGCAGUAUACAAGUCUCUACAAAAGUAAAUUCAAGCCAGAACGUCAGAUCACAAACUGUGAUACAAAAAAGUCAACACGCAGUUUCACAGGCGCCACAGCAACUCCUCAAUGGACAGGCAUUCGAACGCUCAUCAUAUCGGAGUUCCACAAGACGUUCAUACAGAAAUUUCCAACGUGCAAGUAUCAGAUCCAGUUUUAGAAGCAACUACAAAGUCAAUACAUCUUACUUUGGCGAGAAUCUCGCUGUUCUUAUCAACCAGAAAGUACUCUCUCUACAAAUGCGUGAAGAGGAGCUUGGUGCUUACGAGCCGCACUGUUAUGCAGAUGAAGGAAAACCUACGGCCAGUUCUGAACUGGACGCAAUCUCUAUAUCAGAGGAUGACUUUCAUCCAGACAUGCUCAAAACCCUGGACAACAGGUUUAGUAAACUAGCAACCAUUUCCAGACCUGACCUGAUGAGAAGGUGACAGCUUUCUCAGGAGGUGUAGAAACUAGUGUCAAUUUCCUCGACGAAAAUGGCUUGACACAAUCAGAAACUUGACAGGUUUGCUGCACUAGUGAUGCUGAGUUUACAUUGCAUGGUUUUAGCCCUGAUUUUCACAGGUUUUGUGAAAUCGCAACUUGACACAAGCCAUGCAGUAAUAGUGAUGCAGUGUGAAAACAACGGGGAUCCGACGAUAAUGAAAAUCAUGCAGUAUGAACUCUGACUACAGCGACAAUUCGUUUGCUGCAAUCCAAUCAUCUACUGAUUGAACAGAGCUUUGCAGUGGCUUAUAAUGAAGAUUAACAUUGGUUAGUUUUUAUAUUUUUGACUAACUCCCUUGAUUUCUUUCAAUUCAAUUCAAUACAUCUUUAUUUCUAUAGCGCUUUUACAAUGUAGAUUGUGUCAAAGGGUCUCACAUAUAAGAUUACAGUAAAUUGAAACAGUGUCAGUCCAGUGUUCAGUGUUGAAGUUCAGUUUAGCUCAGUUCAGUGUGGUUCAAUUUUCACUGCUGGAAGUUCAAACACUGGAGAGCAAAUCCAUCGAUGCGCAGCUCUACAGGUCCCGAACCAUGCAAGCCAGUGGCGACAGUGAUGAGGAAAAAACUUCACCAAUUGGCGAAAGUGGAGAAUUAAAAAACCUGGAGAGAAACCAGGCUCAGUUGGGCACGACCAUUUCUCCACUGG